GCACUGCCCUGAUGGCCUCUGUGACUGCCGAACUUGACAUAAACCACCAGUCAACAGCUGCCCCAGCGAUCUCGUCUGUAUUCUCACGCACUUCCAUUGUCGCGACACGCGUAACGGCCCUUAUGGGCCUAAUUUCUGGCAGUGCGCCGACAAGCUUCAAAGCAGCUCCGCAAGAUUCCCAAAUGAGGUGUCUAACCAUUAACCAGGGACGCCCUCCCCGUGUCUUGCGAUGCGUCUCUUAGAGCGCCAACCCGAUGGCGACCUCAUCCUUCGCGAAUUCACCGACAAAGACGUCCCUCCCUACGCAAUCCUCUCCCACACUUGGUUUGAAGACAACGAAGAGGAGGUCAGCUUUCAAGAUGCGGAAGAUGGGUCGGGCAAACGUAAGGCUGGUUGGGAGAAGAUCGCCUUUUGCUCGAAUAGGGCUGCGGCGGAUGGCCUUCGAUACUCCUGGAUAGAUACAUGCUGCAUCAACAAGAAAAUCUUUGCCGAACUUCAGAAAGCCAUCUCGUCUAUGUUCCGUUGGUAUCAGCGCUCCACGAAGUGCUACGUCUACCUUUCCGAUGUCUCGUUUCACGACACACAAGCUCCCUGGGAACAAGCAUUCCAAGAAAGCAGAUGGUUCACCCGCGGCUGGACACUUCCGGAGCUCCUCGCGCCCACAUCAAUUGAAUUCUUUUCGAGAGAUGCCCAUCGCCUAGGUGAUAUGCGUUCCCUGGAGCGGCAGAUUCACGAAAUUACGGCAAUCCCAGUGACGGCGUUAAGAGGGAAGCCAUUAUAUCAGUUCAGCGUCAACGAUCGAAUGCGGUGGAAGGAGUCCCGUGAUACCACGAAGGAAGAGGACCUAGCCUACUCAUUGCUUGGCAUUUUUGAUGUGGAAAUGCCUCUCGAGUAUGGCGAAGGGAGAGUGGCGGCGUUCGAACGGCUCCGGAAAGAAAUUGACAAGUUGAAAGAUUGCAUCAAGGACAUUCGUCUUAUAGAUCCCAUUGAUCAUAAGCAGGAUAUCGAGGACAAAAGGGGCGGCUUAUUAAAAGGCUCGUACCGCUGGAUCAUCGAACAUUCCGACUUCCAAAAUUGGCGCAGUGGCGAACAGAGGCGCCUGCUAUGGAUCGAGGGCGAUCCUGGCAAAGGGAAGACUAUGCUACUUUGCGGCAUCAUCGACGAGCUGAAGGAGUCGAUGAACAAAACCGAUCUUCUGUCGUUCUAUUUUCUUGAGGCUGCUAACUCUCAGGUCAGCAACGCCACGGCCGUCCCAAGAGGCCUGAUAUAUAUGCUUGUCUGUCAGCAGCCAUCGCUAAUAUCGCAUAUUCGGAACAAGUACGAGCACUCAGGCAAAGCACUCUUUGAGGACUCGAACGCGUGGUUUGCUUUGUGCGAUAUAUUCAGAGACAUCUUGCAGGACCACAAUUUGAAUAAAACUUUCUUGAUUGUCGACGCCCUGGACGAAUGCUCGGCCGCGGACUUGCCAAAACUGUUAGGAUUCAUCGUCAAGAUGUCAUCUAUAUCCCCUCAUGUCAAAUGGCUUGUCUCCAGUCGUCGUUGGCCCUCAAUCGAGCGGGGUCUGGAUGAGAUUGAAUCUAAAGUGCGGGUUCGUCUGGAGCUGAAUUCUCGAUCUAUUUCGGAUGCCGUCGGAGGCUAUAUUCAAUACAAAGUGGGCCAGCUCAAGUAUGAUGCCAACACUCGAGACGUAGUACUCGGGUAUCUAUCCUUGAAUGCAAACGACACUUUCCUUUGGGUCGCUUUGGUUUGUCAAAGGCUCCAGAACACCCCCCGGGCGUUGGUUCGUACGAGCUUGAAAAUGUUUCCACCCGGACUUGAUUCCUUUUAUGGACGAAUGAUGAGACAAAUAUCCGAAUCAGAAGGCUCCGAACUCUGUAAGCGAAUCCUUGCCUUGGUCUCAGCCACAUACGAACCGAUCACCCUGUUCGAAUUAUCGUCCCUUAUAGAGCUACUCGAGAGUGUGUCCGACGAUCGGCAGUCCUUGGAGGAGAUGAUUGGCCUAUGUGGUUCUUUCCUUGCGAUUCGUAACGACACCAUCUACUUUGUGCACCAGUCAGCGAAAGAUUAUCUACUCGAAAAGGCUUCCGCUGAGAUCUUUUCCCAUGGAAUGAAAGAGAUGCACCAACAUAUUUUCUCAAGAUCGCUUCGAGUCAUGUCCAGAAUGUUGCGAAGGGAUGUCUAUGACCUGGGCCGACCAGGGUACCCGAUUGAGCAUGUUCAACGACGAAAUCCUGACCCACUGGCAGCAUGUCGCUAUUCCUGUCUGUACUGGGUUGAUCAUCUCUGGGAGUGGGAGUCUCCCGAGUGUACAGAUUGCAACGUCGACCUGCAGGAUGGAGGCUCGGUAGAUUUGUUCGUGAAGGAGAAAUAUCUCUACUGGCUCGAGGCACUGAGUCUUUGCAAGAGCAUGUCAAAGGGAGUUCUUUCAGUGGAGAAACUUGAGGCACUCACGCAGGGGAGACCCGGUGCUUCCGAACUUGCCGAGCUAUGUACAGACGCCCGACGAUUUAUCCUGUAUAAUAAGCAGGCAAUAGAGACCAGCCCUCUCCAGGCAUAUUACUCUGCACUCACAUUUAGUCCAAGCGGAAGCCUGAUUAGGCGUCAUUUCAGGACUGAAGAGCCACGAGAUGUUGAGAUCAAGCCGCCAGUAGGAGACAAAUGGAGUGCGUGCCUGCAUACGCUCGAGGGCCACACAGAACGUGUGAACGCAGUGGCGUUCUCAGCUGGCGGAGAAAAGUUAGCAUCAGCAUCAGACGAGGGCACGAUUAAGAUUUGGGACCUUGGUCGCGUACAGUGUGUUCAAACAUUAACGGAACAUAGUGGCGGCGUUGCUGCCGUGGCUUUCUCUAAAAAGUCGGCACUACUAGCGUCAGCAUCAGAUGACGGCACUAUUAAGAGAUGGGAUGCUGACAACGGCAAGUGCAUACAAACUCUCAAGAUUCACAAGAUUUACACACCCCGUGCCCAUCGAGUGGCAUUCUCACCUGAUGGGUGCCAUUUCGUGGCGUUUCAAAACGGCGAUGCGGUUAGGAUCUGGAAUACGAGCAACGGCAUGUGCGUUCUGAUUCUUGAGCAUCAUUCCCAGCUCUAUUCUGCUGCUCUCUCAUUUGACGGAGCCAAACUUGCUUCGGCAUCCGAUGGGACGAUCAAAAUCUGGGAUUCAACCGGCGGCCAGUGCUUGCAGACACUUAGGGGCCAUCAUAUUGGUGUGGUCUCCGCACUGGCUUUUUCGCAUGACGGAAAAUUGCUGGUGUCUGCGUCGCGCGAUGGCAUAAUCAACAUCUGGAAUGUUGACAGUGGUGAGCACGUCCGACAACUGAAGGACAAACUCCCAGCAUUGUCUAUAGCCUUCUCGCCAGAAGGGACCCAGAUGGUCUUAGGAACGGUUGAUGGAACGAUCAAAAUUUGGGAUACGAAGCGUUACGAGUGUCUACAGACGUUCGAAGGCCACAACAGCUCAGUCAGCUCGGUUACAUUCUCACCCGAUGGAACUCGCCUGGCGUCAGCAUCACUGGAUGGCACGGUCAGAAUUUGGGACACCAAGAGCGCUUAUGGUAAUCAGACGGUCAAGCACCACAGCGUCUUUCUCACUUCAUUGGCAUUCUCCCCAGACUUGGUAAGGCUGGCGUCGGCGUCAUGGGACUGUGCAGUCAGAAUCUGGGACUCAUCUAGCGGCGAUUGUAUACAGACGCUUCAGGGCCAUAGCAGGACCGUCAACACUAUUACCUUCUCACCCGACGGAGCUCGACUAGCGUCAGGGUCGCGUGACGAUAUGGUUAAGAUCUGGGAUAUAUAUAGUGGCGAGUGUGUGGUAACACUCAAGGGCCAUAGUAGCGAUGUUGGUUGGGUUGAGUUCUCUCACGAUUCGACACGGCUCGCUUCAGCGUCAUUCGACGGUGUAGUGCGAAUCUGGGACGUCCGUAGCGGUGAGUGCUUGGUGACAUUUGAGUACAACCGUACGACCGCCUUGUCACACGGUCCAAACUACCUCUCGUCGGCAGCGUUCUCACACGAUUGGAGCCGGCUCGCGUUGGGGAUCCAGCGCGCGGCGGGGACCCAGCUCAUGGUCCGGAUCUUGGAUGUUGGCAGUGGCGAGUGCCAGGAGAUGCUCGAGGACUGCGACGUUGGCUCUUCGUCGCUGGCCUUUUCGCCCGACUCAACUCGCCUUGCGGCGGCCACGUACGACCGCACAGUGCGAAUCUGGAACGCCGUCAGCGGUGAGUGCCUGCAAACGUUCAACAUCGGCAGAUGGCUCAACAAAAUUUCGUUCGACAGUACGGCCUUGUACCUUUACACUGACAUUGGCGCUAUUGCUCUCAAUACAUGCUCGGCUUCAACCACAGCACUCGUCAAAACGGAGCCUCAAAAUCCGCAAUAUCGAGGCUUGGGCCUGAGCUCAAAUAGAGAGUGGAUCACAUAUAACUCAGAAAACAUUCUUUGGCUACCGCAUGAGUAUCGGCCACUUCGUUCAGUCAUCUCAGGAAGUAUGAUCGGCAUGGGAGUAAGGACUGGAAAGGUGUGGAUAUGCAAUCUGCAGAUGCCAACUUUGCUGGGACCAGCGAGGUGA